CUUAUACUGAGUAAACUGGAAAUAUCAUCUCUCUUAUUUUGAGAGAACUUCCUCCGGUUUUGAGGUGCUUCAGAGAUUCCGGAAACGACGAGAGGCAGUAACCAGACAAUUUUCCAGGAUGCCUACUGAUCCUUUUGCAGCAACGCAAACAUGCGUAGCAACAAUCGACUUUGCAAUUAAACGAGGCACAAGGAUAUACAACUAUCUAAGGCGUAAUUAUGGUUAUGUGAAAGAUAUGAGCAAGAACUAUGACAAACUUUUGGAGGCAUAUAAAGAGCUAUGUGAUGAAGAGGAAGAUGUAAAUAAAGAACUGGAGAUAAAUGAGAUAGAAAAAGAGCAGACCAAUGCGUGCAAACAAUGGUUGAAAAAAGUAGAAGAGAUGAAAAAAGAUGUCCAAGGAUUGGAGGAAAAGUAUAAAAAGUCCUUCAGCUGCUUGUGUGGAUUAUGUCCAUUUUUUCAUCUUGUGAAACUUGGUGGCCGUAUUGUAAAAAAGACUGAGAAGGUAAAGAAUCUGAAGGCUGAAAGCAAUAACAUAAGAAGUUUAAUGGUUCAGAAGGCGCCGGCUCCACAUAUAACGAAUCCUACCAACAAAAUUAGUGAAUUCCCAUCCCUUGAAGAAAACGUAAAAGAGCUACAAGACUGUCUAAUAGUUGAAAAUUUAAAAAGAAUUUGCGUUUUGGGACCAAUUGGAGUUGGGAAAAGUACAACAAUGAAUCGUCUCCACCAAUCAAUGAAGGGGUCUAAAAUGUUUGAGAUUGUUUUCUUGAUAGCUGUAGGCAGAAAAAGAAAUGAAAGAUACAUACAACAAGAACUUCUAAAGCGGUUGCAAAUGAAACCGAAAAAGUUCAGUGAUGAACAAAGAAAGAGCAUUAUUCAUGAACAACUGAAGAACAUGAGCUAUUUAUUGUUACUCGAUGAAGUGUUUUCAAAGAUUGAUUUGGAAGAAAUAGGCAUUAAUGAUGAACAUAAAGGAAAAGUAGUCUUUGCUUCCAGGUAUUUAGAUGUUUGUGAGCAGGCAGAUGAACAGAUCGAAGUAAAGAGAUUGUCAAACAUGGAUGCUCAAAAUAUGUUUUGGGAGAAGGUGGGUGUGCAUUUAAAGGAUAAUCCACACAUCAAGAGAGAGGCAGAAUUGAUUAUCAAGUUCUGCAGUGGCAAUCCAUACCUGAUAAAGUUGAUUGGAAACUACUUGGCAUCUAAAGCAAGGGUUCCAGCAACAAAUGGGACGGAUCCAGCAAUAUGGCGGAACACAUUGCAUGAAUUAAGAUCACCAACUGGGGAACCGAAACAAGAUUUGGAAGAAGUUUACAAGUCUCUUAAACUUGAAGUUGACAGACUACGACCAGAUGAGAAGUCUUGCUUUUUAUAUUUGGCAAUAUUCCCUGCUGGUCAUGAACUUCAUCGGGAUUAUAUAAUCGAGUGUUGGAGAGCAGAACAAUUUUUGAAGCGCUUUGAAAAGCUUGGGGAGGCACGUGACGGCGGGAAUGUUAUAUUGCGCUAUUUUGUUGACAAUUCUCUGUUGGAAAAGGAAAUGAAGGAGGAACGAUAUAAGAUGUUCGAGUUUUAUCAACAAGUGGCAUUUAGAUUUGCCAAGCACAAUGAGAACAAUUAUAUUCAAGACAAAGAAAUGGUUAGAGAAAUAAAAUGGGAAGAUGCAACUAGGAUCUCAAUGAUUGGUGAUUCGUGUCUCCCCACUUUGCCAGAUGAGCCCAAUUCUGAAAGAAUCUUAACAUUGCUACUUCAAGAAAUUAGCUGCUUGGCAAAAUUUCCAAGAUCAUUCUUUCUGCAUAUGUCUGCCCUUCAACUGCUUGACUUGUAUAAAUCGAAGAUUGAAACUCUUCCAUCAUCAAUCUCCAGUUUGAAAAACCUCAAAGCAAUGUUCCUAAAAAAUUGUGAUCAAUUAAUAGAGCUCCGUGAUGAGGUAGGAGAUCUUCAUGGUCUUGAAAUCCUUGACAUAUGUCAUACUGGGAUUUCUCAUUUGCCUCCGGUAAUAGGAAAUUUGACUGCUCUCAAGUGUUUGAGAGUUUCAUUUAAAAAAAUUAUUUGGAGCCAAAACCAUGUUAAUGGUAGCCUGAGUGAUAUGAUUUCUUCAGAUGUAAUUGCAAGACUUCAUUCAUUGGAAGAGCUGGGCAUUGUGGUGGAUCCAACUGAUGGAAGAUGGGAUCAAAAUGUAGAAAGUAUUGUUACUGAAAUUGCUGUUCUUAAAGAGUUGACCACUCUUUGUUUUUACUUUCCUACCAUGAAUUGCUUUGAGACUUUUGUUAGUACCAGCGUAUUGUGGAAAGGAAACAAUGCGUGGAAAGGCGAAAGACUCAGAUCAUUCAACAUCAUUGUUGGUCAUCAGCAAGGAAAUUCUCCUACUGAAUUCGAUGUCUCUGAAUGGUCAGCUGAAAAGCGCUUGAGAUUUUCUGCAGGUGAAGCUUUUCCUGAUGCAAUUUUAAAGAUAUUGAAGCAAGCAUGUUCUUGUGAGCUAAUUGGUCAUAGAGCUGCCAACUUAUCGGUCUUUAGCGCUGAUAAUCUGGAAGGGCUUGAAGUUUGUAUGAUUGAAGAUUGUCCUGAAAUGACAAGCAUUAUUGAUGGUAACCUUACCACAGGCGCUGCGUUUAAACGCUUGAAUAAGUUGCACAUAGAAGGUCUCCCAAAAUUGAUGCACAUUUGGAAAGGUUCAAUGGUACCACAGAGCCUUAUGAUGCUCACAAAUUUAACGGUAAAAGAAUGCCACAGUCUGAAAGUUUUGUUCUCAGAGGAGAUGGUUCUGCGACUUAACCUGUUACAGUAUAUUCAAAUUGAGGGCUGCCAAGUCAUGGAAGAAAUUAUCAAGGAUGGAAGUAUAGUCGAUUCUGGGGCCUUUCCUAAGUUGAAGAUUUUGGAACUCAUUAAUCUUCCCUUACUGUCGAAGAUUUGCAAUGAUGCAACAUUGACAUGGAAUUCUUUGGAAGUUUUGAAGAUUGAGAGCUGUACAGUGAUUGAAGAAAUUACAAAGGAUGAAGGUACAGUUGAUUCCGGGGCCUUUCCUAAAUUGAAGAAUUUCGAACUCGUUAAUCUUCCCAAACUGUCAAAGGUUUGCAAAAAUGUUUCAUUGAAAUGGGAUUCUUUGGAGACAUUGAAGAUUGAUACAUGUAUGGAGCUAAAAAGUUUCCCGGCUACUUUCCGAUGGGCUGAGAAAUUGGUAGUGAUCUUUUGCACUCAAAAUCUGUGGACCCAGUUGGAUUGGCCAGAUGAUAACGAUGUUACAAAAAAUCGUUUCCAAAAUCUGUAUAAGCAAAUAUGAGGACUAAUUUGCAGAAAUUCUUUGAGUUCUUUUUGAAGGCGUGGAUUUGUGGAUGGUAAGGGAUUCACUACACGGAAACUGUGAUUUUCCUAAGAUGUCUGCUUCUGACGUGGCAAGCCGUCAUUGGAAUAUGUCACAUACACUGACACUUGGUGUAUCGGAAGUGUCUCACAGCGAAGUUUGUGCUGCUGUAGAGCUGUUGUGGUUGUAUUGUUUACCUUGAGUGAAUCUUUGUUUAUAAGUUGCUGUUUUUGACCCUUGGCUGUUGCUGGAUGUCAAUUUUCGGUCACGUUUUUUUCUGGAUACUACCAAGUUUAUGAGUCUUCUUUAAGCAAGAUUUGUUCAGUACCAUUUUUCUUAGAAUAAAUUUCCUUCACACAUGAUGUUAGAUGUUAAAAUUUGGGCAGUUACUACAUUAUUCUCAAACAGUUGAUAGACGUAACAACGCAUCCACAGGUUUGCUAAAGUAA